GUUUGUUGUGUGUUCACUCGACUCGUCGUGCUGUCUCCGGGUGGAGACAUUUCCUACAGCCGGUGAACGCAGCGCCGCUCUGUUCAUUCCUGCAGUGUCCCGUUGGAGGACAGUCUGUCUGAACUCGGGAGGGGAAUCGCUGCGCUGUUAAAACUCCCAGGAUUUACACUCUGCCAUUUUGAGCGAAAACCGGCCGACAUCGGAGUUCAGACACGUCCAUCAAACUGAAGUCAUGACCUGAAUUAAGCAACCACCGCUGUGAGUUUAAGGGAAGGUCUUGAAGUGGAGGACAAUUAAUCCAACAAAGGAGGAACUGUUUUUUGGCCUGGACAUCAGUCAUCUGCAGCCAUGUGUUCUACCAAUCAUUCAAACUGGGUCACAUUUGAAGAUGACAACACACCACUUUCUUCACCUCAGAAGCCCCUACAGUCACCAGGGCUUAUCAAAGCAUCGGUGCCGCGUCCCAAUGGUCUGAAAUUAGUGCUUCCUCCAAUCAGAGACACUUCCUGGAGCUUCAGUCAAUCCCUCGAAUCCCCUCAAAGCCACUCAAGUCUUAGUGGAAGUUCUUGUGUACCAUGUAACACACCCUUUUGCACUCCCGUGAGUGGGGUUCCUAGCAGCAUCUCCCCAUUUCACUCCAACACAUGGGAAAAGAACGACUUCUUCCGGAGUUUGUCCAGCACAUCGACCACCUCUGCUCCAUCUCCAGCACCAGAGGCCCUGAAUCAAACUCCAGAUGGACCAAGCCCUUUCCCUUCGUUCCAGGGGAACUCAGGACACUACAAUCCCUUCUGGGAUGGAUCUAGACACAGCGCAGAUGUGGGCAGCUCCUCCUCAGACUCAGAAUGUGACAAUAUCCUACCACGUUUCUUUAUACGGACCAAAGACGGCAGUGAGCCUCCACGUGACCAACUCCAGAGCUCCUUCUCCUACGUUUGCCACAAACUGGAAGGUCUACAAACAGAAAUGGACCACGAAACAGAGACAGAAAAAGAUAGGGAGAGACGGCUAAGUUGCAAAAAUGAGGUAUUAAGUGAGUGUGGUUCAUCUCAGUUUGUUCCCCGGGGACUGUUUCGUAGCCAAAAGAGAGACGGCUGGUCUGUCAUGCUCAGGAUUCCUGAAAAAAAGAACCGCAUGUCCUCUCGACAGUGGGGGCCGAUCUAUCUCCGCUUGUUGUCAGGAGGUGUGCUGCAGAUGUACUAUGAGAAAGGGCUGGAGAAGCCGUUCAAGGAGUUCCAGCUUCUCCCUCAAUGUAGGCUGUCAGAUCUUAAACUGGAAAGUUACGGCGAGCCCCGCAAAGUCCUCACUGUCAAGGUAGAGCAUUUCUCCUACACAGAAAAGAAACGCUAUCACCCAAAGUUGGAGGUUAGUCAUGAGGCAGAGGUAGAGCAGCUGCUCAAGUUUGGCUCCACAGUGAAUGACGACAUGGAGGACCUGGUAGUCUCCAUGGAAGAGGAAAUCUUCAAACUGUGUAUGCCCCAUCAGCAGAGGCGGCACUACGAGGAGCAGGAGCUGUCGUUGCAGAUCACUGAUCAUAUCUGGGUACAACUGGAUAAGUCUGGAGGAGUCAUAGAGCGGACAGCCUUCACCCAGAUUCACUGUCUGGCUUUUCUGAAUGGACUAGGGCAUUGUUUUCUUGCCCUUAACGAUCUCGGGCUGCUGCGCUUUAACUCCAGCUAUGGGUCUGAGGAGGGCAAUGAACUCUGGAUGGAGAUUGCCGACUGCCAUUUUCACAAAUGUGUGAACGAGAUGGAGUUUCAGAGGUCCCGGCUGAUCAAGUUCUCGCCUCCUGACGCCUGCAGGGUGGAGCUGAUGCGAUACAAGACGACAAUGUUGGGUUGCGUCGAAAUUCCUUUCGCAAUCAAAGCUGUGGUCACAGUUCAAGGUGCCUAUGUGGAGCUCCAGGCCUUUCUUAACAUGUCAGCCACCUUCCUUUCCUCUGUGGGCGGCUCUGACAGGCACCCGCUGUGUGAGAAUGUUGUGAUCCGUGUGCCAGUACCAGGCGACUGGGUCAAAGUGACACAGACAGUGGCCUUGCUGCGACAGAAGUCACUGAAGGCCCGUAUGAACAGAAAUGCCUGCUUGGGCGCUGUCGGCAAUCCAGAUUCGCAGCCUGUCAUGCAGGUGUCAAUCGGCACUGUCAAGUAUGAGAAUGUAUAUUCAGCCAUCGUGUGGAGGAUCGACAGACUGCCCGCAAAAAAUACGGCAGUGGAUCAUCCCCAUUCAUUUUCCUGCAAGCUAGAGCUGGGAUCCGAUCAGGAGAUUCCGAAUGACUGGUACCCUUUUGUCACGAUGGAAUGUGAAAUAAUGGGCGCAGUUGUGUCACAGACCAGGGUGAAGUCACUGGGCACUGCGAACGACAUCCAGCCGCAGAAACAUCUGACCAGUUGGACACGGUAUCAUUGUCAGGUGGAGGUGGAGAAGAAAUGGAUCGAAACAGAGUCAGAGAGACAAUCUGGCUGUAUGACACAGUGAUGAUUAAAGAAGCUCUGAGGAGUACGUUACCCUUUUGGUCCAAGACAUUUGCCAAAAUCUUCUUAAUAGUGAAAAGGGAUAACGAAAAAUGAACAAAAACAAGGGUGAUGAGGGACUUUCUGCUUAUAUCUGGUGUCAAAUUCAUCUAAUUACACAUAGCCUGGUAACUGAUUUUGUAUCCUUUAACUGAGACUGAAUUAGUUUAGAGCUAAUCAGAAAUUUAACAUGGUCCUUUUGACUAGCACUUUACAUUUAGUAGAUUUAUUAAUUGUAAGAUUACAGUUUAUAUGAGUAUUGUAUAUAAGCUUGCAUUUGCAUCAUCUGCACUGCCCUCCAGAAUGAUUGGCAGCCUCAAUAAACGUACGGCAAACAGGCUGAAUGAGAUAAACAGCUUAAGUAAUGAGCAAUAUUCACUGUGAUGGAGAAAAAAACUAAUUAUCAGAGGUUGUUUAGGUUCAGGCCCUUUUGUUGCCCUGCAAUGUUUAAACUUCACAUACUUUCAAAUUGAUUCUUUUUAGGUAUGGUUCCUCCACAAUUACACUAUAUGUUGUUUGGCAGUGGCAUGACAGUGUCAGACAAAAUAAUGUGAACACCUUGUAGAAGGGGACUGUAGUGAUGUAAUAAAUAGUUGCCAAAAAACAUUGGUUCAAAGACGGUUCACGUGGCGCUUAGUCCCACAGAGCAGCAUUUGUCUGAAGUGACACAGUGAUUAGGACAAUUUGGUUGAACUGACUUCGGUUUACUGUCAAUUAGCAGCCAGUUCUCAGCAGUGAAACGCACUGACAACUGGAGUUGUCACUGCAAGGUGAGACAAACACAUAAUUAAAUCAUUUUUGCCAAACUUACAAGUGUUUUGGCCUAAAAAAAAUCUAAAAAUAAUUUAAUAUUUUGAAGGGUGACUGUCUUUCUUUCGCGAAAUACAAAGUGCACUUACAAAGUGAAACAGCGGUUGCAGUUUAUAACUCACCCAACAGUAAUAUGACUGACUGACUGCAACCUGCAACCUAAUACAGUAUGUCCCACCUGAGGGUGCUAAUAUUAAGAUAUAAGGUGAGAAACUAAUUUCAUUAUUUUCUUCACAUGAAUACAACUCAUUACUUUUGUUGCUUACCUCGAGCUGACCUUUGACUUUAUACAAAGGUUGUGUUCUGGAGGACUGUAAUGUUAUUUAAACAAAUCAAAUCUUUAUUAUGUGAUCUUUCUGCCUCUGGGUUGGGAAUAGGCUGAAUGGGGGGGGGGGGUGAAGCUUCGUAGUGAACAACACGGCCUUCAGUGAUGACUUGUACCUGGCUUUAGCUGGAUAUUAUGUACAUCAAGAGUAAAAACUGAAUUAAACCCGAACGACUCGUGGUACUUCUUCAUAGAUGUUCGUGAGACUGGAAUGAAG